AGUUUGGUAUGGCAAAAGCAAACGCCAAGGUUUGCCAUCCCUCAAACGCGUCUCGCAUUUCUUGAUUGUAAUUUUUCAACAAAAUCCUACUGAGUAAAUCUACUUCUGAUGCUAGUGAGAGUUGUUAAAAAUAGAAUCGCUUCCGCCAUUCAUCAACUUGGGAAGAUACUUCAGUCUCGUGAAUGGUGUCCUGAAAAACGGAAUACGUGUACCUGUAUUGUUCUGUUCCUGUCCGUUAUUUGUUAGUUAUACGUUUCUCCUUCUUUUAUUUAUACGUACGCUCACUUGUUCUUUAUCAAAAAAUAAUAUUAGAAAUGAAAAUAAACUACCAAGCUAGCACCGCUAAACUAAAAAAAACUGUUAAAUUUCCUGUCAUUCUAAAGCAUGAAUCCGUGCUUCGAUAAGACGAUUCGAAAAAAGUAGAAUAUGUUAACAUCAAGCCUAGUAACACUCUUUUUCAUUCUUAGGGUCGCUUUUUUUAGUUAUUUAUCGUGAUCAGUAACUUCACAACGAGCGCUCGUGUUACGCUAAUGAAGGCACAUGUUUUUUCAGUUCACAUUACGAAAUAUGUCGAAUCGGUUCUAAACAAUUACUACCCUUCCCUCAUACAUACAACCACACUACCACAAAUUACAGCUCAUAUGUGAUGAUUAUCGUCGGCGUUUACCUUUUAGUUGGGAGAUAACUUUUUCAUCCCAUAUUGUGUACUGUACUAAUAGUAUUUAUUCGUAUGAGGUUGCGUCGCUGAAUUUUCAGUGUCUUUCAUGCUCAUUCAGACGCAUCCACCCUUUUUACGGAAAGGGAAAUGGGGUGUCCAACUCGAUUGCUUGUUUAUGCAAGCACACAAACCGGUGAUUGUAAAAUCGUCGGAGUCGAUCGUUUGUUUUAUCGCCCGUCGCUUUGUUGUACCAAUCAUUUGGUAUACAUAAUCUGUUGGCAAACGCGUAAAAAGAUAGUAGUUUUUCUUCUACAAAUUUUCCAUUUUCUGUAUUGGAAGACCGGUCGGGUGUACAUAUACAAUUUUUUUUAUUGUCCAGGAAGUGUUUGACUUGUUCAACAACUUGCAGCAUGUUAUUACUGAUUUUAUUAAAUUACGAAAUUUUUAACAACAAUAUAAAAUUUAUUUCUACUAAAAAAAUUAUUACUCUUUUUGUUUUUCAACUUAUUCUAUUUCCUCUCUGCGUAACUAAGUUUAUAACAAACAAUUGCUAAAAUGCCCUCUGUGGGUUUCAUUUUAAUUUUAAUCAUUUGUCUUAUUGUCUAGUUAUACGAAGAAGAGUAACCAUUAAUUUAUCACAAAUGGAUAUUACCUAUACCUAUAUAUUCUCAAAAUGUUUUUAAAAUACUUUUAUACGAACAAAAGUUUAACGUCAUAUUUGAAAUUUUCUAUUGUAUGCCUCCGUCGGCAUAUCAAUUAAACCUUCAAGACCUAGCAUUAAAUGUAUGCCGGAUCUUACGCUUCUAAUUCUUUGCCAGGUGGAUUUAUCUGAUGAUGUGGUGUCGAAAUGUGUUAAGGAGGUUUAUUAAUUGGGGACUUGUGGGGGAAAUAGUAAUAAGAAGAAUAAUGUAUAAUGUGAAGAAAAAUAAUAUGUAAAAUAGUUAGUAGCAAUAAACUCACCGACAAGAACGAAUUUGUCGAAACAUAAGGGAAACUAAUCCUAGAGUGAUUAACUAAGGAAGCUGAGGGCAACUUCGGAUGAUGGAUCACGUAAUCGUCUUUCGAUUACUCAAUUGUGUCGUUGUGACCUCAUUUCAUGCUACAGUGGUUAAUUUUUGCAGUUAUCAUUUCAGUUUGUUUCGUAAUAAAUAUACAUUUGACGAUAUAAAUGUUUUGUAUUUAUACUGUGGUUCAAUCUUUUAUUAAAAUGCAUUUCAAAACCAUCGGACGUAAAAAAUGUCGUUAAAAGCUUAAAUUCUGCCUUAAAUUCGUUAAAAGCAAUUUCUGCGGAGGAGGUUCUUAUAUUUCGUCACCAGCUCGGUAAAAUUUCUCCCCUGAAAGGUGACAGGCAUUGCCAUUACAUCGGUUACGAAAAAAUUCUCUCCCAUCACCGAUUCUGCUACUCUCUUGUACGAUCUGUUUCUUGUACUAUUCUGAGUGAAAAUCGUUUGCUAUCCGUCCAUCUGACAGUAGGUCAGUCGUUUCGAUACGUUCGUACCGAUCAGCGACCCGUAUGGUUAACUCGAUGAGUUGUGUUGUUGUGCGUUUUUCCAAACGAUUGAUCUUUUUUCUUACGUUGCUACGAUCGUUCGAAACCCAACCGAACUCGAAACCAUUGUUACGAAACAACGGAUAAAAAUGAAACUAGCCAUCUUGCGUUUUUAGCUGAUGUGCGUUCGGUCGCUCUGAACGAACGAAGGAUUUCAUUCCGAAGCGCCCAAAGAUGCGUGUUUAUGCCAGUGUGGCAGUAGCUGUGAAGCAGUGAUGAAGUUCCGAUGUGUGCUUGUACCGAUAAAGAAAUAAAGUCUGUCAUUCCGUAAACAUACAUAUACGUGCAGUUGUGUCAAUCUGUUACACACGCGUUAAGCAACGCCAUUUGCUUGUUUGCUUGUUCGAUAAUGGAACGUGAUGAAAAUGCGUCGAAUGAUCGCAAAAAGUGAUAAUCCAUUAAAGUAGCGAAAUUCUCUCAUUCGAUCGACUGAAAGAUCGCAGGUCGAUUCACAGAUUCUCAGUGUGAAGAGAAAAAUCGUUUCCUGGCGAGCACAAAGUCAUCUUAUGGAGGCGCCUAGUCUUUCACGGAGCAACUGAAUUCUGUGUCAGUGUCAUAUUAGGAGCAAAUUGUGAUAUCGUGCAGAGUGGUGUGUGCAAAGUUGCUAACAGCAUUUAAUUUCAAUCAAAAGCCCCGGGAAAUCGAAAUCGUAAAAUAUCGUACACCGGGAUACGUCGGAUGUGGAUCAAUUUUGUCUGAGCUCACUGUCACGCGCAAGUGUAAUCAACAGCGUACUCUUCUACUGGCUAAAAGGGAGCAAAGCGAUAAAAACACAGCACAAAGGUGGGAAGGAAAUCCCGCACGCACGCACGCACGCUCAACCAGACACAGUGGUAUAAUAGCGUUUUUUUACUCACAACUUUUCUGUUAGUGGCAGCAUACAAAGCCACAUCGGUUUUUGUGCGUUGCGUCGGUUGUAACGUCUCGUAGUUCAGUUUUAUUCUCCGGCGUGGUUGAAAUGGAAGGUUGCCAACUAGAACGUUUCGUUUGGCCGUUGUAAGAAAAGCAAGAAAACGAGUAACCGAAUGGAGAAACCAGGUGGCAGAUGCAAAAGAUUUUGUUAGUGUGCAAUAUUUCAGCUACAGCGACAACGAAGACGACGACGACAGCGAAGCUCAAUCUGUAUUCUCUCGUGCUUCGUCAUCACGCACGGCAUGUCCACCUCCGGACCACAGCCACCGUCCGAAAUCACUGCCGAAUGGACAGUUCACGCACAGCUCACGCUUUCCUCAACUGCUCCUGCUGUAGCCAGUUCAACCGACAACAGCAGACUCCCUUCGGAUCUGUCUCAGACUUUAGCGGCCGAAGGAUGUACCGAGAGCCAACAGCCAACUCCAGGGUCCACACUUUCAUACCCGGGUGAUCGAGGAACUGGGGUCGAUUCGAAUGUUAGCCCUUCGCUAAACUUUCUCCCUUCAUCAGGUCCUACCCUAACGGCAGGAUCCUCAUCCAGUGCAGUUGGGAAUCCAGUAAAGGUUGUUUAUAAAUUUAGCACGACUGACAAUCCGUUGCAGCAAAAACAGUCCACCGUGUCCUCCGCAGUGCCAGUCGGUGGUAAAAGUAACGUUAUUUUUAACACCGAUCCAUCAUCACCUUCCACACCGGUCGCACCCACUCAGACUCCAACUGGUGAAGGGCAUCCACCACCGUGUAUCGAAAAUGCAGCUCAACUUUUCCCCAAAUGUACCAGCACCUGUAGCAUCGUACUGACUGCCUGUACUGAUCUCUUGCCCUCGAACGACACACUGCCUAUCGUUGUCAACAAGUGCGAAUCGACCAACAACAUUGUGGUGGAUAAAAGCACCAACUUUCCUGAAAAGUCUCCCAGCAAUUCCAAGGAUGUGAGCUGUCAAACAAGCGACUGGGAAACAAACAGGAAUGAGGAUAAGGAUGGUGCUACGGGGUCUGUAAAGCGUCGAGGACUGCCCAAAAAAUUUAUAACCGAUGGAUGUCCUCUUUCACCGCCUCUGAGAAGAAGAGACGAUAGAUGUGAUUCGCUCGUUCGCAAAUCAGUCUCACCGAUCAUCAAUCCACUUGUCUCUCCAAGUAACACAAUUCGCUCCCAACAAUCAAGUGUUCGGGAUACUUCGACGGCCAAAAAGAAGCCGCGAACGGUACACAUUGACGUAUAUUGUACCGGUUCUGAUGCGGAAUCCGGCUCUGAAUGUGGUUCGUGCUGUUCUUCCAACGAAGGUGCCAAAUCGCUCCUAUCGUCAGGGGCCUCAUCAGGAACUUCGUCAAAUUCGUCUGUCUCCUCGGGCAGUCGAUUUGACACAAGCCACAUGUUGGAACUGAAAGCGGCAGCACAUCCAAAUAUUGGCCCAUCGCAUCCAACCGUGUAUGAGUCUGAAGAAAUGCGGGUGCGUCACAAACGUGCCGGAAAGCAUGAAGUGCCCAGGCGUUUGAUGCAGCAAACUAUUGAUCAAAACACGCUUUCUACCAUCGGCAGUUUGAAGAGAACUGGUUCAGCACGGCAUGGGCGCCCGAGAAGAAACACAGCGACAGACGAGAUCAAUGAAUCAAAACAAAUCCUUUUCAGCAAGCAUCUCGGUGAAGUGCCUCAGAAACAGAGCGAGGACCAGCUCCAGGACGCAUUCAGCACAUAUUUUCGACGGGAUGUAAGCGACGAUGCAAUCAGUUCCAACUAUGCCCUCUCUGCCGAUCGAUCAACACGUCGCGAUGUUACCGGGAGUAGCAUUUCCAGUGCUUUCGCCUGCGGAGGGUUCUACGAGGAUGACGAGGAUGGUGAAAUUCGUAGCAAAUUGAACCGUAGUGGCACCACCGCAACCCAGUCGGACAGUUUCGAAUACGACAAUAGUGAGGAUCGCUAUCGUAUCCACGAAAUGGAACGUGUCUGGAAGCAACACCACUGGAAAUCACCAUCGGUCGAAAGGAGACUCUUGCAAAUGCACAAUCCUCUCGUAACAUCACAAUCAUGCCAUAGUCCUGAUUCCGAGCACAAUUUCACCGAGUCGGAUCACAGCUUCGUGUACGACGAGGCACCACAUCCGCACGCCUCAAAUCCGUCCCUGAACGAAUACAGUGACUCAAGUCCAUCUACCGUCAAGAGUGCCUCCCAACGGGCGUCAGAUGGACCGAACCGGUCGUUUAUGCUUCAGCAACAAGCCGUUCUUGCUGCAACGCUGCAACACAAGCGAGAAUUUUCCCCAGUAGAAGGCUACACCGAUGAGUACUUGGCGAUUGCCCGACGUUUCGGCAGUCUCAUUACGGGUCGCCGUAAACCCGGCACUCACAUGGGUCCCGUCCGUAACCCGGAGUGUCCAUGCGAGCAUUGCCGGCGAUGGGUGCUAGAGCGUGAUUCGGGUGGCAGCGACAAUAUCUUACGCAAGCGUGCACUUUCUGUGGACGGUACGGAUGCCCCAAAUGGUAUCGUCGAUAUGCGCCGGCAGUUUCACCUGAGAAACACCAAUGUCCAUGAAACGUAACCAACCAGAAUGCCUUUUCAAUGGAAUUUUAACAUUAUUCCUAAGCAUAAUCUUCAUCAGUGUGUAUAUGAAUUGUAGAUUUUAGGUUAAUUUUCUGGUCAGUGUUCCGCUAGUACAUUUUGACGAUACAAUAUAAACAAUCGAAUCAUGUACUAAAGUUAAAAUAACGAAUAUCACAAUACCUACAACAAAUUUCCUCUUAGCGUGUAAUGGAAAUGUAAUGGAGAUAGUAUACUCCCUAAGGAUAUACUUACCUGGGACAGGGGUUACCGUGAUCACGAAGGCGGUUCGCCCAGGGCGAGGCCUGGCCAUUGCACAGUAUUCUCCCUGGAGGAAUAUUUCACAAAAUAAAAGAUACGUAAAUGCCAAAUCAA